AGUAUACACAAAAGCCUAUGCAAUUGUUCUGCCAUUUUGUAUUUGUGUUGAAAACAGUCAAACAAUAAAUAAGUGUAUUUUUGUUAAAUUAAAGUUUAAAUAAUGUCAGACUAUCGUUCCCAAUCACGCGGUGCUCGCGGGCAGGAUUACUCGAAUGAUGAUGACCCGCCUAUGUCGCGGCUUUUCAUUAUAUGCAACAAAAGCCACACAGAAGAAGAUUUUCGGGAGGCGUUCUCACCCUACGGUGAGAUAGAAGACAUUUGGGUGGUAAAGGAUAAGCACACGCAGGAAAACAAGGGAAUUGCUUAUGUAAAGUUUUCGAAAACCUCAGAUGCCGCUAAGGCACAAGAGCAACUGAAUGGGAAAACCAUUGGCAAAACAGACCGAACAUUGAAGGUACUAGUUGCCGCAAAUCGUAAUCAAGGUUCGAACAAAUCUGAAAAUGAGCAAGAAAAGUAUGUGAGGCUAUUCAUUGUAAUACCAAAGACAGCCACGGAAGACGAAAUACGUGAUGAGUUUGCUCAAUGGGGCGAGGUAGAAAACGUCACCAUUGUGAGAGAGAAAAACAAUGGCAAUCCAAAGGGCUUUGGCUAUGUGCGCUUCACAAAAUUCUAUUAUGCGGCAGUGGCAUUCGAAAACUGUUCGGCCAAAUACAAAGCUGUCUUUGCUGAGCCAAAGGGUUCUGCUCGGACACAACGCGAUCAGUAUGGCCGCACCUCGGAUGAGAAUCCUAUGUAUAGCUCUGGACGUGGAGGCAGUAGCUCAAAUUACAAUGGCGGCGGAAGUAGUAGCUUUAAUAACGAUUGGAAUUCAUCGGUUAAUAGUGAUAUGUCCGCUUUUCUGCGCAUGCAAAAUGUACCCGUUCCGCAACCCACAUGCUUAGAAGUAACAGUUAGUAAUUGCGUUAACCAGGACCAGCUUUGGCGUCUGUUUGAUAUUAUCCCCGGCCUGGACUAUUGCCAAAUAAUGCGUGAACAUGGUCCACGCACAAAUGAAGCCGUUGUAGUCUAUGAUAAUCCUGAAGCUGCUAUUUAUGCCAAGGAUAAGCUACACGGUCUUGAAUAUCCAAUGGGCGAACGCAUAAUUGUUAAGGUGAACGGCAUGAGCUCAGCUCGCAUGGAUACAUCGUUUAUAGACAAGCGCACUAAAAAAGAUGCAAUAUGUAAUGUGCCUUUGCCACCCACACAGCCUUUGGCAUCGCCAGAUGCACAAGUGGCUCAAAGGCUUUUCAUCGUUCUCUCCGCGAAUCUACCGCACUCGAUAUUGAAAAAUAUUUUCUCCUGCUGGAAGGGAUUAAUCGAUGUGUAUUUACUGCCAAACAAAAACUGCGGUUAUGUUAAGUAUUCUGAACGCGACAGUGCACAACAUGCCAUUGACGUUUUAAAUGGUGCGGAAAUAUGUGGCACUAAGAUAAAGGUUAUGGAAGCUGAAGAGCGUAGUGGUUCGGAUGGUGAUGACAGCGGCAGAAAGCGACUGAGGCGAAAUUAGUCCAUAGUUGGAACGAGGUGUUCUUCUGGUCAGAGACUGAUAUUAGCUUUAAUAGAAACUGCUGCUGUGAACAAAACUAACGCGACGUUGCUCCCGUCGACCACGAACAUAAUAAGCAAAACAAUUUUUAUCUUUCUAUUUUCACAGACCCACUGACAACAUUGUACUUAACAGAGAACAUUAUGUACGAGUAGUUUACUUACAAGAAUACACUUCAAUUAAACAGUUCAACUGACCAACAACCGCCCAAAACAAAACGGAAUCAACCAGAACCACAAUCUCACACAGAGUGAAACAGACACGGAGUACGGAAACAAGAUUUACCAUGUACUGAGUACCCAUUUAAGACCAGACCUAAACGGAGUCAACGAAACGGCAAUGAUUGCUAAACCAACCACUAACGGGACUAUCGAAUGUAUCGCAUUACCAUUACCCAAAACCUUGAAACUAUAUACAUAAACGAACUUAUUGUACAAUUUACUAACGUAUUCCGACAUUGAUAAGCAAAUACUUAUAUUCAAAAGCAAAACUUACGGAUUAUAUAGAUACUUUAAUGUCUAUGCAAAACAAAAGUGAAUGCAAUUAUUUUCUACACGGAAAUUAAACAUUCAAUUAAAUACUACUAUGAUGUAAUGCCACUAAAUCGAUAUUAAU